UUCUUAUCUUCUUUUCUCCACCGCUCAGAUCCCGCUUUUCUGCUCUCGAUCCUCUUUUCCCCUUCCGCACCUACGUCCAUGUGUUCUACCCCCCGCAAGGCUGCUUGAGAUGCAAGCUGCUGCAAGCAACCAUGGCCGGAUUCAUCUGCUUGGGCGGAGGCCAUGGACGGAUUCGAACUAUCCAUGGACGGAUUCAUCUGCUUGGGAGGAGGGGAUUCUUUUGCGCCAUGGGCGAGCUGCUAGCGGCGUCAACGGGGACAGUGGCGGCGGUGGUGGGCGGCAGCGGACGGUGAUUGUGGGAAGGAUAGUUUUGGGCAGCGAGGGUGAUGGCCGCCAGGAUUUUUUGCUGCAUAGAAGUUUUGCUGGAACCAGCAUUUGACUUUGCUACAACCAACUAGGAUGGCGCUGGGACUGCGGUGGCCGGCAUGAUUUUUUUGCUGCAUUGAUAUUUCAAUUUUGCUGGAAACAUUUUCAAUUUUGCUGGAACCGUAUCAAAAAUUUGUUAAAACCAUGUUUAGUUUUUGCUGGAUCAUAACAUUGUUUACUAGAAACAAUUUUUAGCAUUUGCUGGAACCAUAUUGCUUUUCUGCUGGAACCAUAUCAUUUUUUGCUGGAACCAUAUUUUUUUUGUUUCAAACCGGCGACAUCCUGCUCUUCGUGUUUUUUUUUGCUGGAACCACCUCUCUGUUUUGCUGGAAUCGGUGUCGAAGGGUGCUGGGACCGGCGAACUCAUGGUGGUGGAUCGAUGUCGCACGCCUGUCAACUACUACGACCGGCGACAACUAUUUUUUGCGACCUGUGUUGUGUUUGUUUGCUGGAACCAGCGGAUCCAGUUGCUGGAGUCGGUGAAGCAUUUUGCUGCAACGACGAAAUCAAUGGUGCCGGACUGCGGCGGCGUUUUUGCUGGAACGAAGCCGUCGACGACGAGGCGGAGAGCAAGACUCCGGCAGAUGCGAGGGUGGGGGCAGGGAUGCGAGGGAUUUUGGUGAUCUGGGCCGCGUCCUUUUUUUUUUCUUUUUUCUCUCGUGUGUGUUUGGAUGCGAGAUGUGGGGGACACAACGUUCAUGAUCUGAUGGCUGGCAGUUAGCGCAGCGGACGCACAGGAUGCGACCGGCCGAAACUUUCGGCCGGCGCGCCGGCGCCUAUAAGCGCCAAAAAAAAGUUAUUGAAAUCCGUGCAUAAUUACCAACGUUUUAGCCGAAAGAAGGCUGCUACUUACUGUACAUGCACGGUGGUGGCAUGCUCCUUUAACCCAGGCGCAUCACAGGCCGUAUGUUAAUCCAAGUGCAUUGAACGGACAACAGUGAUUGAAAGAAAACUGUUUUUUAAGGCAACUUGCACAUAGGGUGUCCCAUUCAGAUUGCGAAACUACUACCCACACGAUACUGCUGCACGAUCUUUGCACGACGUGCUAAUCUAGCGGCCAGUGCCCUUCUGAAUCCUGAAUCCUGUGCAUGUCCGGCUGGAUUUGAGUAUCGUGCAUGAAUCGUCUGGAUCGUGUCGUGUGUAUAGCACUGCUGUUCAGAUUGCUAGUUUCUGUUCAAAACAAGCAGCCAAAACCCCGCUGCUAGCACUGCAAGUGCACCGCAAUAUUAGGAUCUGAUACCGUGAUAUCGAAGUUUGACCACACAUCCAAGUAUAUACUACAUAUUUUUUUCUUCUCUGAACUCUGACGAUCAUUGACAUGUCCCGUCCAAGUGCAUCGUGAUAUCGUAGUUUGAACACCCAUGUGGCGGUUGUCCGCCAACACGCUGUUCCGGAUGACCUGCCCACGUUUUCUGCUAAUAAGCAAGGAGUGAAGCAACAUUACUUCUUUCAGCACUCAAGCAGCCACUCAAUCAGAGUAUCAGUUUUCGUUCACACAUAGUAUAACAUAUUCCACAGGCCGCCGGCCACCGGCAGCUCGUAUUUGAGCGGCCGAUUCCAAAGCAAAGAGAUCAUAGGAGAGGUGAUGAGGAGGCGCUCGGUCGCUCUACUCCUCCUUGUCGCGGCCACCUACCUCCCUGUAUCGAUCGCCACCGACACCAUCGACCUGACCGCGUCCAUCGCCGGCAACCAGACGCUGCUGUCCGCCCGUGGAGCAUUCAGGUUAGGCUUCUUCAGCCCGCCCGGCAGCCCCGCCGGCAGGACCUACAUCGGCAUUUGGUACGCACGCAUCCCAGUACAGACCGUCGUGUGGGUCGCCAACCGCCAGAACCCGGUCGUCCAAUCCCCGGGCGUCCUCAAGCUCUCCCCCGACGGCCGCCUUGUCAUCGUCGACGGCCAGAACACUACCGUUUGGUCCUCCUCGGCGCCCACCGGAGACGUGACCACCAAGGCCACGGCUCAGCUUCUCGACAGCGGCAACUUGGUCGUGAGCUCCGAUGGAAGUGGAUCGAGCCAGAGCGUGGCAUGGCAGAGCUUCGACUACCCGACGGAUACGCAGCUCCCGGGCAUGAAGGUCGGGGUGGAUCACAGGAGUGGCUUCGCCUGGAACAUGACGUCGUGGAGCAGCCCCGCCGACCCCUCCCCGGGGCAGUACACGGUCAAACUGAUCACCGGCGGACUGCCUGAGUUCUUCCUCUUCCGCGGCCCGGCGAAGAUCUUCACGACCGGGCCAUGGAACGGCGUGGUGCUCACCGGCGUGCCGGAGCUCAAGACCGAGGCGUACACAUUCGUGCUCGUGUCAAACCCCAACGAGACGUACAGCACCUACUACAUCAGCUCCCCGUCUCUGCUGACGCGGCUCGUCGUGGAAGGCUCGACGGGGCUGCUGCAGCGGUACGUGUGGGCCGACGGCGCGUGGAACAACUUCUGGUACCACCCGACCGACCCGUGCGACAGCUACGCCAGGUGCGGCCCUUUCGGUUUCGCCUACUGCGACACCGCGCAUUCGCCGGAGUGUAGCUGCUUGCCGGGGUUCCAGCCGCGGUCACGGAAGUGGAGCUUCAGGGACGGCUCCGGCGGCUGCGUCAGGAAGACCAAGUUGAGCUGCGGGGACGGCGACGGCUUCUGGCCAGUGAACAAUAUGAAGCUGCCGGAGGCGACUAACGCGACGGUGCACGCCGACAUGACGCUGGACGAGUGCAGACAGUUGUGCCUGGCCAACUGCAGCUGCAGAGCCUACUCCGCCGCGAACAUCAGCGGGGGCGUCAACCGCGGGUGCGUCAUUUGGGCCACCGAUCUGCUUAACAUGCGGCAGUAUCCGGCGGUCGUGCAGGACCUGUACAUCCGGCUCGCGCAGUCAGAUGUGGAUGCCUUGAACGUCUCAGCUGCAGGUAAGCGCCGACGCACCUUGGUGAUCGCCGUCGCCGCGGCUAUUUCCGGCGCGCUUCUUCUGGCAGCCGCUGGCUGCUUAUGUUUCUGGAGAUGCAAGGCGAGGAGGAAGCGUCAGCUUCAGGCGCCAGGCAGUGGAGACAAUGUGCUUCCAUUCAGGACCAGAAAACACCCUGAUUUGAGCCCAGCAAGGGAGGACGAUGAGAACAAGAUGAGCUGUGGCGAAGACGAUCUCGACCUUCCGUUGUUCGAUCUCGCCGUGAUCCUCGCCGCCACGGACAACUUCGCGGCGGAGAGCAAGCUUGGAGAAGGAGGAUUUGGCCCUGUCUAUUUGGGAAGGCUUGAGGAUGGGCAAGAAGUAGCUGUGAAGAGGUUGUCCAAGAAAUCAUCACAAGGUGUGGAGGAAUUCAAGAACGAGGUGAGGCUAAUCGCCAAGCUCCAGCACAGGAACCUGGUGAGGCUGCUCGGCUGCUGCAUCGACGACGAUGAGAGGCUGCUCGUGUACGAGUUCAUGCACAACAACAGCCUGGAUACCUUCAUAUUUGAUGAUGCAAAGCGUAAGUUGCUAGGAUGGAGCAAGCGCUUUGAGAUCAUUCUGGGGAUCGCGCGGGGUCUGCUCUAUCUCCACGAGGAUUCGAGGGUCAGGAUCAUCCACAGGGAUAUGAAAGCGAGCAACGUGCUGCUGGACAGGAACAUGGUCCCCAAGAUAUCGGACUUCGGCAUCGCGAGAAUGUUCGGAGGCGACCAGACAACGGCGUACACCCUGAAGGUCAUCGGGACAUACGGUUACAUGUCUCCGGAGUACGCCAUGGACGGCGUGUUCUCCGUCAAAUCCGACAUCUACAGCUUCGGCGUCAUGGUGCUGGAGAUCGUCACCGGCAAGAAAAUCCGAGGCUUCUACGACGCCGAGCUCGAUCUAAACCUCUGCGGCUAUGCGUGGAUGUUGUGGAAGGAAGGCAGGAGCACGGAGCUCCUGGACGAUGCGAUGGGCAGCAGCUGCGAUCACAGCCAGGUGCGGAGGUGCAUACAGGUUGCUCUCAUGUGCGUCGACGUGCAGCCUAGGAACAGGCCGAUGAUGUCCUCGGUUGUCAUGAUGCUGGCCGGCGAGAACGCCACGUUGCCGGAGCCAAAUGAGCCCGGCGUAAACCUGGGGAGGAACAGGACAGAUACAGGGUUUUCUGAAACUCAAAGUGAGUUCACUGUGACUACGACAGAUACAGCUCACAGCAAAAGUUAGUGGAAAUCUAUGAUACUCACUAUGGUAGUUUAGCUUGGGAUGGAAUACUAUACACAGGUUUCAGCAAAAGUUUUCUUUUUGUCA